AUCAAAUGCAAAGCAGCUGUGCUAUGGGAGAUAAAGAAACCCUUUUCCAUUGAGGAGGUGGAGGUUGCACCCCCUAAGGCCCAUGAAGUUCGUAUUAAGAUGGUGGCCUCAGGAAUCUGUCGCUCCGAUGAUCACGUGGUUAGUGGAACGCUCAUCACACCUCUCCCUAUAAUCUUGGGCCAUGAGGCAGCCGGCAUUGUGGAAAGCAUUGGAGAAGGGGUGACUACAGUAAAACCAGGUGACAAAGUCAUUCCACUCUUUACUCCCCAGUGUGGAAAAUGCAUUGUUUGUAAACACCCACAAGGCAACUUCUGCUUGAAAAAUGAUCUGAGCACACCUCGGGGGAUCAUGCAGGAUGGUACUACCAGGUUCACCUGCAGAGGAAAGCCCAUCUACCAUUUCAUCGGCACCAGCACCUUCUCCCAGUACACGGUGGUGGAUGAGAUUGCAGUGGCCAAGAUUGAUGCAGCCUCACCAUUGGAGAAAGUCUGUCUCAUUGGCUGUGGAUUUUCUACUGGUUAUGGGUCUGCAAUCAACAUUGCCAAGGUCACCCAGGGCUCCACCUGUGCGGUGUUUGGCCUUGGAGGGGUCGGCCUGUCUGUGAUCAUAGGCUGUAAAGCAGCAGGAGCAGCCAGGAUCAUUGGGGUGGACAUCAACAAAGACAAAUUUGCAAAGGCCAAAGAGGUGGGUGCCACUGAGUGUAUCAGCCCUCAGGACUACAAGGAACCCAUCCAGGACGUGCUGAAGGAAAUGAGUGGUGGCGGUGUGGAUUUUUCAUUUGAAGUCAUUGGGCGGCUUGACACCAUGCUGGCUGCCUUGUCCUGCUGUCAAGAGUCGUAUGGUGUAAGCGUCAUUGUAGGAGUACCUCCUAAUUCACAAGAUCUCUCUAUGAACCCCAUGUUGCUACUGACCGGACGUACCUGGAAAGGAGCAAUUUUUGGUGGCUUUAAGAGUAAAGAUUCUGUCCCCAAACUUGUGGCUGAUUUUAUGGCUAAGAAGUUUCCACUGGAUCCAUUAAUAACCCAUGUUUUACCUUUUGAAAAAAUAAAUGAAGGAUUUGACCUGCUUCGCUCUGGAAAGAGCAUCCGCACCAUCCUAACAUUCUGAGACCAUACAAAUGCCUUCACUUGCAGCAGUCUUUUGGUUCCUGCACCUUCUGGAACGAGCAACCAAACAACAUCACUCAUUCUGUUCUUCAGAGAUGCAAUCAAUAAAUCAUGCAUGAGAGCUAUCCAAAAGAAACAAAAAUUUAUAUGAAAUCCUUUUUCAAGCCAAUGUUUAAAAUACAAGUGAGAGCUAGGUGAAUCAUUAGCUGCAUAGUUGAGUCCAAUAAACUUUCCUUCUUAAUCAUUCUA